AUGAGUUUAGAAUUAUUGGCCAAUGAGUUGAUACUCGAUCUAUUCAAAUUUCUCACUUGUGCUCAUCUUAUUCAUACAUUUGUUGGUCUUAAUUCUCGUUUUGAUGCACUCGGUCUUAAUCAUUUUCAAACUCAUGGACUUGACUUACGAACAGUAUCGAAAAACGAUUUUGAUACAAUUUGCCGACAAUAUCUUAUGCCAAUGAUCAAUCGAAUAUCUACACUUUGUCUUUCAGACAAGGAUGACACACCUGGACAAAUAAAUCGUUUUCAUGCUUAUGAUUUCACUCUUUAACUACCUGUUAAUCAUCAUUUUUGCUCUAUGGUUCCCAAACUCAAUCGAUUACGUUUUCUUAGGGUAUCAUCGAAUGAGCACAGUCAACAUAUUCCAACUCAACUUCAAACAUUGCUCAAUAGUGCAUCACAUCUAUUUUCGUUAACAUUCAAUGGAUCUAGAUGGUUGAAUUCAUCUUUUGAAUUUAAAAGCGAAACAGUAUCUCAACUAAAAUUUGAUUCCAUUAAUGCAUACUAUAAUCAGCAGCAAUGUACUAUAUUGAGUAGUUUAUUACUUGGUAUUCAGUGUGAAGCGCUUUCUAUUGCUGUAGAAAAUCGAGAAUGUAUAGUUGAUGUUGUUAAUACAAUGAUCAAUCUUCGAGCAUUACAUGUUCAAUGUCACGAUAACAAAUUAAAUGCGGAUACAACGACAACAGAAGAUGAACUUGUGAAAUGGCUGCAACAUCGAUUAUCGCCCACAUGUAUAAUCACAAAAAACGUAAAUUUUGAUUGUGCAAUUCGACUGUGGAUUCGUUGA